AUGGUGAAACUUUCGACACUUUUGUCCUUGGUAUGGUUGCCAUUUGUUAUUGCUCAAGAUUAUUAUGCAAUUCUUGGAGUCGAUAAGCAAGCCAGUGAGAAAGAAAUCAAAUCUGCUUAUAGACAAUUGUCCAAGAAAUAUCAUCCUGAUAAGAACCCAGGUAACGAUGAAGCUCAUCAUCACUUCAUCGAAGUCGGUGAGGCUUAUGAUGUUUUAAGUGACCCUGAAAAAAGACAAAUCUACGAUAGACAUGGUGCUGAUGCACUAAAGAAUGGUCAUCCAGGUGGUCCUGGUGGUGGCAACGGAUUCCACGAUCCGUUCGACUUAUUCGAGCAAAUGUUCGGAUCUAAUAUGUACAAUAGAGCGCGUGGUAAACCUCGUGGUCAAAACUUACAAGUGAAUCACGAUAUUAGUUUGAAAACCUUCUAUCUUGGAACGGAGUUUGAAUUCACGUUGAAUUUGAAUGAUAUCUGUGAUGCAUGUGAUGGUUCAGGAUCUGAGGAUGGCAAGACAGAAACAUGCCCGGAUUGCGGUGGAUCAGGACAAAUAAUGAAAGUAUUCAGGGCUGGUCCAAUUGAGCAAAGAGUAAGACAACCAUGUUCGAGAUGCCAAGGAAGAGGUCAACUAAUCAAGCACGUCUGUAAAAAGUGUAAAGGUGUGAAAGUAGUCCAAAAAUCGAAAGUAUUCACGGCUAAGGUGGAACCGGGGAUGGAAAGAAAUCAUAUCCAUGUAAUGCAAGGUCAAUCAGAAAAGCAUCCGGACAUAGAACCAGGCGAUCUUUACCAAUAUUUCCGUGAAUCGGAGAAAGAUUCAAUGGGAUACAGAAGACGUGGGAACACUUUAUACAGAACAGAAAUUUUAUCAUUCAAAGAGGCUUUACAAGGUGGUUGGGAAAGGAACAUCGAGUUUUUUGACAAGGAAAAAAGCUUGGUGCUAUCUAGACCUGUUGGCCACACUGUACAAAAUGGCGAAACCGAGGUUAUCAAAAGUUUUGGAAUGCCAAUCCCAAGUGCCACCGACAAAUUUGGUGAUUUAAUCAUUGACUACGUGAUUCUACUUCCAGGUGAAUGGAGCACUUCCUCAAAGGGAUAUGAUGAUGAGUUAUAG